AUGUUCAUCAGGAACUGCCCCAGCAAAGAACUAGCCUUCACGUUCAGAGCCAACGCAAUGUACAAAUGGUCUGCACCUGAAGUACAAGAUGUGUUAAACGACUACCAUGCAGAGAUGAGUUUCAAAGCCACCGCAAAAGUGCACAGAGAAACGAGUGAGAGAUUCACUGUGAACAGAGUCGAGACCAAAUGCCACCCAUCCGCCCUCCAACCAGACCGCCACCCAUCCGCCCUCCAACCAGAGCUCCACCCAUCCACCUCCAACCAGACCGCCACCCAUCCACCCUCAGUACAACCAGACCGCCACCCAUCCGCCCCCAACCAGACCGCCACCCAUCCACCCUCCAACCAGACCGCCACCCAUCCGCCCUCCAACCAGAGCUCCACCCAUCCACCCUCCAACCAGACCAUCUACCCAUCCGCCCUGCAAUGGCCAGACCGCCACCCAUCCGUCCCAGGAUCCAACCAGACUGCCACCCAUCCGCCCAACCAGACCGCCACCCAUCCGCCUCAACCAGACCGCCACCCAUCCGCCCUCCAAAGCCAGAGCUCCACCCAUUCCGCCACAGAAGACUCCAACCAGACCGCCACCCAUCCGCCCUCCAACCAGAACCAUAGUACCCAUCCGCAGGUUUCCUCCAACCAGACCGCCACCCAUCCCCCUCCAACCCAGACCGCCAAAUCCUUCCGCCCUCCAACCAGACCGAUAUUGUCACCCAUCCGCAUUGAUUGGUGUAAUAUUCCUCCAAUUUCAGACCGCCACCCAUCCGCCCUCAAAAUGGCCAGACCGUCCACCCAUCCGCCCUCCAACCAGACCGCCACCCAUCCGCCCUCCAACCAGACCGACCCAUCUCUGCCUCUGGGAGACAGACUGCCACCCAUCCGCACCUCCAACCAGACCGCCAGCCCAUCCGCCAUCCAACCAGGACCGCCAGAGUUCCCAUGCCCAUGCCAGGACCAGGGCCGCCCUCCAACCAGACCGCCACCCAAUCCUGCCUCCAACCAGACCGCCACCCAUCCGCCUCCAACCAGACUGCUGCCACCCAUCCGCCCCUCCAACCAGAGCUCCACCCAUCCGCCCUCCAACCAGACCGCCACCCAUCCACCCUCCAAAGGAGAAAACCGCCACAACCGCCUCCAACCAGACCGCCAUGAUGAUUCAACCGCUCUCCAACCAGACAUCGCCACCCAUCCGCCCUCCAACCAGACCGCCACCCAUCCGCCCUCCAACCAGACCGCCACCCAUCCGCCCUCCAACCAGACCGCCACCCAUCCGCCCUCCAACCAGAGCUCCACCCAUCCACCCUCCAACCAGACCGCCACCCAUCCACCCUCCAACCAGACCGCCACCCAUCCGCCCUCCAACCAGACCGCCACCCAUCCACCCUCCAACCAGACCGCCACCCAUCCACCCUCCAACCAGACCGCCACCCAUCCACCCUCCAACCAGACCGCCACCCAUCCACCCUCCAACCAGACCGCCACCCAUCCGCCCUCCAACCAGACCUCCACCCAUCCACCCUCCAACCAGACCGCCACCCAUCCACCCUCCAACCAGACCGCCACCCAUCCGCCCUCCAACCAGAACCAGCUCCACCCAUCCACCCUCCAACCAGACCGCCACCCAUCCGCCCUCCAACCAGACCACCGCCACCCAUCCGCCCUCCAACCAGAGCGCCACCCAUCCGCCCUCCAACCAGACCGCCACCCAUCCGCCCUCCAACCAGACCGCUCCACCCAUCCGCCCUCCAACCAGAGCGCCACCCAUCCUCCCUCCAACCAGACCGCCACCCAUCCGCCAUCCAACCAGAGCGCCACCCAUCCACCCUCCAACCAGACCGCCACCCAUCCGCCCUCCAACCAGAGUGCCACCCAUCCACCCUCCAACCAGAGCGCCACCCAUCCGCCCUCCAACCAGAGCGCCACCCAUCCGCCCUCCAACCAGAGCGCCACCCAUCCGCCCUCCAACCAGAGCGCCACCCAUCCGCCCUCCAACCAGAGCGCCACCCAUCCGCCCUCCAACCAGAGCGCCACCCAUCCGCCCUCCAACCAGACCGCCACCCAACCGCCCUCCAACCAGAGCGCCACCCAUCCGCCCUCCAACCAGAGCGCCACCCAUCCGCCCUCCAACCAGACCGCAACCCAUCCACCCUCCAACCAGAGUGCCACCCAUCCACCCUCCAACCAUAGCGCAUUUCAUGACCCUAAACCUUCCCGCCCUGUGGAUAUAACCACAGAAGACUCAUAUCAAACAUCUCCAAUCUAA